AUGGCACUAUUGAGAUAUGAUCAAACGAGAAAAGUCGAAAGCGCUCUUCUUGAGGCUCGCAAGCGAUAUGUUGCCGCUAAUCCCAUAUCCUCCUCUUUGCACCAAAAAGCCCUGGAACACCUUCCUGGAGGCAAUUCGAGGACCGUCUUGUAUUCGGCGCCGUUCCCCCUGAGUAUGGUGUCUGGACAGGACUCGUUCCUUAUAGAUGAAGAUGGGCACAAAUAUACCGAUCUAGUUGGCGAAUUCUCCGCUGGUCUUUAUGGACAUUCAGAACCCCUCAUCCAAGAUGCUAUCCGAGCGACACUUACAGAUACUGGAUUGAAUUUGGGUGCACAUACACGACACGAAGUCGAGUAUGCCUCCCUACUGUGCUCUAGAUUCAAUUUAGAAAAUGUCCGGUUUUGCAACUCUGGGACCGAAGCGAACAUCCACGCCUUAAUGCUGGCCCGGGCAUUUACGAAGAAACGGAGAUUCGUCGUCUUCACGGGUGGAUAUCAUGGCGGGGUUUUGUGUUUCCGAGAAAAACCAGCGAUGAAUACGAUCAAUGAUAUGGAUUUCCUGGUCGCUGAGUAUAAUAACAUUGAAACUGCGACUAGUGUUAUUGAAAGUAAUUCAGAUAUCGCUGCAGUAAUCGUUGAAGGUAUGCAAGGUGCAUCUGGUAAUAUUCUCGGCGGCGAAGCCUUCUUGUAUGCCAUACAGGCCUCAGCUCGCAAGGUCGGCGCUGUUUUUAUUCUUGACGAAGUAUUGACUUCUCGACUCGCUCCUGGGGGCCUCCAAAGCAUACUGUCACUCAAACCCGAUAUAACGACUCUUGGGAAGUAUCUUGGAGGUGGCCUAGCUUUUGGGGCUCUCGGCGGUAGAAGAGAGAUCAUGAGUGCGUUUGACCCCCGAAGUCCAACAGCGCUACCCCAUUCGGGCACGUUUAAUAACAACACAUUGGUAAUGCGAGCUGGGUUUACGGGUCUUUCCCGUGUUUACACACCGGAAAAGGCGGUUGCUUUCAAUCAAAACGGGGAAACUCUGCUGAGACGCCUCCAGGAGCUCUGCAAAGGCACGCAGUGUGUUUGGACAGGACGCGGUUCGCUUCUCGCUGUGCAUUUCCUGCCGACAGGGUGCACCAACAUUAGAUCAAUUGCCGACCUUGAAGAAAAUGAGGGAUUGAAAGAACUGUUUUGGUUGGAGAUGAUGGAAUGCGGAUUUUGGACCGCACGACGAGGAUCCAUAGCUAUCAUGCUGUGUACACCUCAGUCCGAACUCGACCGGUUCUAUAGAUCUGUGGAGCAGUUUUUGGCACGAUAUUCGGAGAUUUUAGUCUUGGACAAUACGCCGUCAAAAACAUGA